GCACCUGUCUAGGUGGGCGACCAGCGCGCACUGCUGCAGGGCGGCGCGGCGCGGCGGCGGUCGCUGCACGCAUGCGCACUGCCAGCUAUUAAAAAAUGAAUUCCUAGUUCUGGCACUGCGAGCCGCUCUUCCGCCGCCGCGCGUCGCUUGCUAUUUUCGCGCGGUGAAGUCCGAAGACCGCGCCCGGAGUUGUGUGAUUCUGAGCCGGGGUGUGGUUUUGUGAGUGCAGUGAGGAUCGCAUGUAGCCCGCGGCAUGCGGCCAGCGGCGGGCUGGUAGCGGCCGGCAUGGCGCGCCGCGCACCCCGCGCCCGCGCCCGCCCCCCUCGCACACCAUGAGUGACCUGCAGGCCACCUUCGAGUUCUCCGUGGAACUGUACAAGUUCUACAAUGUCGACCUCUUCCAGAGAGGAAUGUACCAAGUGCGCGUGGGCCUCCGCGUCUCCCCCAAGGUCCCAGUCCACAUCGAGGCGUCAGUCUCCAGCGGCAAUGGCGCAGCUAGGACCGGAAGACCCACCACCAAUGCCUCUCUCAUCGGAGGCCUGGCUGCGUCCAGAGCCUUCCAGAUCAUGUACAGGAAUGAAGAGGUCACGCUGAGGGACAUUGUGCAUUUUAGAGCUCAUUUAUUAGUGGACAGCCGAAACCUAAAAGAAUCAUUGGAACGAGCAGAAUGGAGCCUAGGCGUGGAGUUGUGGUGCAGCGAGGGCGCCCAGUCUAGCACACUAGCGCCAGUCUCAUGCCGUGUCCUAAAACUGCACUUCCAACCGGCCCAGGGCUUGCACUACCAUCUCCCAGUGUUAUUUGACUACUUCCAUCUGUCAUCUGUGUCCAUCACCAUCCACGCCAGCCUUGUUGCUCUGCAUCAGCCUUACAUCAAGAAAAGUAUCAUGCACUAUGUGCAAAGUUGCACGCCCCGUUCAAGCAAGCAAUGGGGCAAGCUGAUGAAGAGCGCUGGCUCCAACUUCAACACGUCAGGCAGCUUCGAGAAUGUUCUCUUUGGCUCUGCGGGAAAGUGCGCUGGCUCCAACUCCAGCAAAAUCGCUCAUGCCAGGCAAGUUCAUGCAGAAGUGUGCGGUAUCCUGCUAGGUUCUCUGGAGGGCCUGCAGAGCGCGCUAGCUGUGUGCGGAUCCACUGGAGUACUCCUGACUCCUGAGGAGUCUACUACUAACAGCGUGGUUGGCGAAGUGGCCCAGAGGAUCAAAGAUCUUAGUGAUAUUGGCAAGAAAUCCGAAGCCGGCGAAGAAGAAGAAUGGGCGGCUGGAGCGGCGCACGACAUAGCGCGGCUCUGCGCCGAGGUGACGUUGCGCUGGCGUGCCUUCCUACACCACACGUCUGAUAGGCCCCAUGUCCACCACGCAUUAGCGGCUAGACAUCAUGCGCUGAGAAUCAAGCGCUUCUCGGAAUGUUUCUUCGUGCUGGACAACCCUCGGCACUCGCUAGCCGGCUGCUACGACAGCAACUACCAAUCAUACCAGAGUGUGGGAGACGCUGCAAGGAGGUCCCGCUACCUGGCCUUGCUGCCGCCGCUGCCGGUCCACUGCAUAGCGCUGGACGGCGACCCGCAUAUCAUGCCGAUCAUAUUCGAAGAUAGGUAUCAAGACACAGCAGAAUUCGCAAGACGGCGCUCAUUCCUGAAUUCUGGUGCCAAUAAGUCUGGUAGUGAUCCAUUCCUAUGUACCGAGCCCCUUGGAGAAGAUUGUGCCUGUACCAUUAGUUCAAUUUUGGAUUCAAGAAGACCAUCCUCUGAAGCUUCUAGAGUCACCCUCACACUCCCAAAAACUAUCCUAGAUGUCCUUGAACCACAAUUCAACGCGCCAAAGUCAAAUAGUAAUGUAGUUCAAGCUACGUUGACUCUCGCUCCUCAAAAAUCAGCGCGAGGGUCUCCAAAGAGGGCUUUAGUUAAACAAAACGUAGUUGAACUGACUAAGGCUCAUAAUAAGCAACUUGAAUUGACUGGAAGGAAUAGGUAUAUUGUACAAAAUAAUCAAAUCAGCGAAAUUCAACUACCACCAAAUAGCGCAUUUGCUUCUUGUUCCAUUCAACAAGGUCAACAGAUGUCUCGAUACUCCGCUUCUACAUUGUUAGAUAUUAAUACAACUAAGAGCAGUACUAAUAUCUCUCACAUGGGUAUGGAACAUGCGGAUCCAAAUGAAGUAUUUCGACAGAAACAUGAAAUCAGCAGCGGAGUUAGCACAUUACCUGCCAGACAUAGUAAAUCUUUAGACCAAUUAAGAGUUUCGCAGAUGACACCUCUCAAUAAUCCACAAACUUUGGCUAAAAAUGUAAGAAGCGGCUCCAAUCAAUCUGUAAAUUAUUCUAAACAUUAUCCUCCACAUAAUUCAGCCAAACCAACCACAUUGCCUAGGAGUGUUACUACCACAGCGUAUCCCACCAAUACCACAGUACGAUGUACAUCUAAGGGUGAUGAUUAUAGAAGAAAUAUAAAUGAAUUUAGAGAAAAAUACAAAAAUCCCUGUAAUGUAAUUAAUCCUCAUGGAAUGAAUAAUGAAGUAUUUCACAAUGUAGGUUAUAAGUAUGACGGCAUGAUACAAGCAAAUCCUAACCAAGUCUAUGGUUAUAUCGGUAAUCAGGGUACAAUACAAUCAAAUAAUAUAAUUCGUAAUCCAUUAGAAUUUCAAAGAGGCUAUAGAGUAAAUUUACCCCGUCCUAUGUUGCCUCCACGUAAUUCUUACCCACCAGUCAGUGGGAAAAAUCAAGUGACUGAUCAAAGUAACUUAGUUUCUAAUAAACACGUUCAUAGAUCAAACUCUACUCACGUGUUUCAUCAAAAUGUAGAAAAUCAACAGCAUAUAGAUAUUGAAGCAGCCCGUAAUCAACUUCGACAUGAACUUAACUAUUACCUUCAGAAAGGAGAUUGGAGCUAUGAUUUUAACACAGGUAGUUUGAUACAGAACUAUCAAAAAAAAUCUAGUAAAAGCAGUGACGACAGUGGAUUUGUGAUGACUUUAGAUAGGAGCAGUGAUGGAACUUCAAAAUCAACUUAUUCAAAAACUCCUCCGUCGACACCACAUUCUACGAUGCCAUCAAUAAGACACAAGAAAAGUAGGUCUAAAGAGUCUAAAUUAAAUAAUAGCGGAAAAGAAAGUACCAAAAUUAAUUCCAGCCGAGACUCAUUGAGUAGUCGCCAUUCUAUUCGGUCUAAAGACAGUCAAUCGGAUCGACACACUUCAAAAUCUGAACGAAGCACUCCUAAAUCGGAGAGAGCAACACCAAGAUCUGGAAAAACUACACCGAAAUCGGGUGGAAUAACGCCAAAAUCUGGUUUGGCAACUCCUAAAUCUGGUCGAGCUACUCCAAAGUCUGGUUUAGCUACACCAAAGAGUGGAAGAUCUAGCGGCAAGCCUGAAAAACGAACCAAACAUAAAGCUUCAGAAAAAAUGACCCAAUUAAUGUCUGAAGCUGCGUCUUCCUCGAGUAAUGAAAGUAUACCGUUUGAACUUAAAAGGCUUGAAUCAUCAGCUAGUGUACCUUAUAGCCUGGACCAUGGACCAGAGUUAUUAAGACAUUGUAGAAGUGCUGCUUCUGUUUUAGACGAACCAAAUCUAAGCAAUACCUUUGGUUCAGAAUCGUUGCCAAACUUAGCACCACCUCCAGCAUUUGAAUCUCCGCCUCUUGAUAUUGCUGAUAAAGAUUUUAAAAUACUUCCACCAGAAAGUUUCCUUAAUAAAGAAGAAAAGAGAAGUAGGUGUAGUUCUACCUCAAGCAUGAGUGAACAAAGUGGUUGGGUAUCAAGUGGGAGAAGUUCAGGCCCAUCCACGCCUGAUAAUGGCAGUUGUCAAUUAAAUCAAAAUUUUCUUCCUAUUAAUUCAACAACAUCUAAAGUUUCUAAUAAAAUAUAUGAAGAUGAAUCAAACACAAGAAAAAAUGACGGUGAGACUAUCAGUGACUUCAAAAGAACAGUUCUCAAUGGUGAACAGUUAAGAGAGCGCUUGUUAAAAUUAGCUGUAAAAGUAUCUCAAAAUAAUUCUAAUGAGAAAAUUGAAUGUUGUGAUAAGGAAGUUUGUGAGGAAUGCACGAUUUGUAGUGAUUCAAUAUGCACAGAUAGCCAGUGUGAAUAUAACAAAUUAAUGCAUAGCAACGGAAUAGAUGCUGGAUGCAAUUCAGACACUUGUUCUGCCAGCUGCUAUCAAAAAUGUUCUGAAGCAAAUACUGCAAAAUUAAAUCAAAGGCAUAAUUCUUUUAGUGCUGUCCAAGGAAAGGCUUGUUUGACCCCAAAAAAUUCUAGUGAGGGUUCAGUAAAAAAAUCACAAACAGUAGGUGAUAAUCUACACCCAUACAUACGCAAGGAGAUGGCUGGAAAAGCAGCUGCACAACAAGUACCUGUAAAUUCUAGUUCUCUAGAUAAAACAAAAUUAAAGGACAGGAUCCAAUACACAGAAAAAUUAAUAGCAGCAGAAAUCCGUAGUCUGACAGUGGAAAGACCCUGCAAAACCCAUCCUAAAACAGCUGCCCCGGGACCAGUAUCAGCUAUACAGAAGUACCAUGGCAAAGCUAAUUCUGAAAUUGAUUUGGCACAUUUCGUAGGGAAUAAUGAUUAUGAGCAUUUACCUCCUCCACAACAAUUUAGAGAUGCUCCACCGCCACCAGACGAAUUUAAGGAUCCUCCUUCAAAAUCACCUAAAUUAAGUCGUCAGAGCAGCAAAUCGUCUAAAUCAUCUACACCUUCAAAAAAGUCACAAAAACAAGAGACUCAACCUUCAACCUUGCAAUUGGAUAAUCCAUUGUAUCAUGUUUGUGAAGGUAUAAUGGAAAGGAGGAAACUGAGGCCUCACCAGUCCGUAAACUCUAUGGGAGGCCCAGCUGGAGGCACAUUGAAUAAAAGUCAAAGCACAGGAGAACUCGCGAACAGAAGUGAAAAUGGACAUGAACCAAGGGAGAGUAAUCUUGUCAGUAUCUUCGGAUUGGCUGAAUCUGAACGGCUGUUUGUGAAAUGCAGAGAGGAGUUCCGACAAAGCGUCAAGUAUCCUGGAGCUAUUUACUCAGACUUCCCACCUGUGGAAAGUUCCUUACCAUACUUCCAUAUUAGCGAUGAAUACAGAAUGUUUAAUCCCGAAGGUUUACAUCUCAUCAUUUGUGUCCAUGGCCUGGACGGGAACGCGGCAGAUCUUCGGCUUGUCAAGACGUACUUGGAAUUAGGGCUGCCCGGCGCCCGGCUGGACUUCCUAAUGUCCGAGAGAAACCAGGGCGAUACCUUCUCCGAUUUCGACACCAUGACUGAUCGGCUAGUCCAAGAGAUCUUAACCCACAUUCAGAACUCCAGUGAGCCAGCCAGGAUCAGCUUCGUGGGUCAUUCCCUGGGAACCAUCAUCAUCAGGUCGGCGCUAGCCCGACCUCAAAUGAAGCCGUUUUUGGGGAAACUGCACACGUUUUUGUCGCUGAGUGGCCCUCAUCUUGGAACAUUGUAUAAUUCAAGUGGGCUAGUCAAUGCUGGAAUGUGGUUCAUGCAAAAGUGGAAAAAAUCUGGCUCUCUCCUGCAACUAUCACUUCGCGACGCCUCCGACCCACGGCGCUCGUUCCUCUACCGGCUCAGCGAGAGGAGCCAGCUUCACCAGUUCAAGCACAUCUUGCUGUGUGGCUCUGGUCAGGACAGAUACGUGCCGCUGCAUUCAGCGAGGCUUGAGCUGUGCAAAGCUGCUGCGAAAGAUACGUCGCUACUGGGACAGGCUUAUAGGGAAAUGGUACACAACAUGGUGUCCCCGCUGGCAGCGCGCGCCUCCACAGUCUCCGUGGUCCGCUACGACGUCCAACACGCGCUGCCGCACACUGCCAGCGCUCUAGUCGGCCGCGCCGCCCACAUUGCAGCCCUUGACUCCGAUCUCUUCAUUGAGAAAUUCCUCCUUGUCUCUGCUCUUAAAUAUUUCAGAUAAACUUAAAUUUAGAUCCCUUACUUUAUAAACUGCAGCUUCUUCAGGAUUUCAUAAACAGAGAUGGGUUUACGGUCUAAAUUUUCUCAGUCUAUUCCCAAAAUGAUAUAAGAAAUAUUUUUGAGACCAAAAUCGGGAAAAUUUUAGGCGUAAACAUCUCUGCUCGCUUUAUAUAAAAGGAAUUUCGUACAAAUGGAAUUAAAAAAAUAAUGGAAUCUGAUCAUAACUACCUAAUAGAUUUAGAUAUGUACAAUAAGUACUACUUUUAACUAAUGCUUGACGAUUUAUUUUCUUUUCAAUAUACUGGAGUAUACCCUACCAUAGUAACAAUACCUAAAAAUGGCCGAUUUGAAGACUUAAUAUGAAAUUAGUCGCAUUUUUUACGUUUUGCAUUUAUUUUAUCAGAUGGUCGUCGCAAUUAUAAAGUAGUUUCCUUUUUCUUUAAGUAUACUCAUUAAUAGGGAAUUUUACUGCAAUGUUAUCACGCAGCACGAGAAAGGUACCCAAACUAAAAAUUUUUUUGUGGGUUAUGGCUCCAUAGUUAUUAACAGCAUAUUUCGAAAAUGACACAAAAUAGAAAAUUUAAUUACAAAGUGCAAAUGUGCCCAUAACGCUGGCGGCAUUCCCUCGCUGUAUUGCGAGAGAAAAUCGUUGACACAAAAUCACGAUAUGAGAAUGAGAUCUGCCAUAAAUUCAGAAAGUGCCCCGAGAUCUACUCCUUCCUUAGUAGUUUUUUUACAGAAUUACUGAAACACGGUAGGUUUACUAAGUGCUAUGCACUUCGGUCGGUUAACCAUUUUUUGAAUUGAAUCUGAAUCAUAAGCCUACAACUACAGGUUUACAUAAUAUUACUACCCACUUUUGACUUUUUUAAAUCUUAACACCACAACAAAAUGUAGAAUUCUUUCGAAAAAAAUAAUUGCAUCGACACACUAUUUCGCUCUAUUUCUUCUAUACCUAAAUAUUUUUUUUUAUCUCCAAUGAAAAUUCGAACAUAGGUCUUUGAAGUGGUGCGAUGAUAAAUCGUAAAAAGUGUGAUAAUUCGACUAGUAUCCUAACUUGUAGUUAACUUUGUUGACAUGAACGAAGCAACAAUUUUAAUUAAGUAGUUUUAAGACGGAUCUUUACACCAAUUAAAUAAGACUUAGCGACUUUAGAUCAUUAGGUAGAUGUUAUUUGUACUUAUUGUCUACAAAAUGUCGUAAUCUUUAUCUAUGUAAUAUUUCUAUUCCUUUUUCUGUCUACUUUUUGUUCAUUUUCAUUAUUUUAGUACUUGUCUUAACCCUAGUUUAAACCUGUUGACCGCUUAAAAUACUUAUUUAAUAUUUUCCUAAUUUGGGCGUUAAUCCAUUUCUGGUACCUAUCUACUUACUCUACUCGUACGUUACGGUACUAUUUUCAAUUUUCAGUUAACCUUAAUAAAUUUAAAAAAGCAAUCGAAGAACGAUUGCUUUUUUAAAUGUAAACAAUGUUGUCAUAUGACUAUUUUAUUUGCCUUAACCCAUUGAUUUACCGCAAACACAAUACAACAAAAAUAUACCAGUUUUAUGAACAGAUAGAUGUGAUUUUUCUACAUCGGCGUGUGUACUUCGUUACUGCAUUUUCUUGCAGUUAAAAUUUGUAACAGCAUUUGUAAAUUAUAUAUAAGUACAUACCUACAUGCACGAAUAAUAAAAUAAAAGAUCGAGGCCUGCAUUUAGUCGAUCAAAACCUCAACCGAAUAUAUCUACUUAGUGCAUUUUACCUACUUAAUAAAUUGUAAUUAAAAUGGAAUAACCUAUUUUAAGGCCUACAUAAAAAUACAACAAAAAUUAAAGACUAUUGUACAGUCAACCACACAUGAAAUUACCCUGACGGACGAACUUCUGUGCUGUAGCAGCGGCGAAUUACAAUUAAUUUGAAAAGGUUGAUGUGCAGUCGACUGUACUAAGUUAAGGUUUUGAAAGACCCAUCGGACUGACACACGGCCAUAGCCUUAAAUAUUAUAAUGGUUAUAGAAACUAAAAAUUGUAAAUUUUAUCGAAUGUUAGACUGAUCUUUAAAAAUAUAAUGAUCACUAAGGGUUAUUUCUUGAUAAGUUUCGUAGAGAAUCUUUUCUUAUGAGUGAACUUUAUUUAAUUGUAAUCUUUCUCUGUCCACGUCGCUAUUUUAAUCUGUACUUCUGUAGGUAACGUUUUAUACAGGGGCUUCUAUCUUAUUUGUAUAGAUUCUUAUUCAUAUACCUAAGGUUAUUAUUGUAGGUAUUGUCUACACGGCCGUUUCGCAUACAUAAAGUGGUUGCGUAUAUAACCCAAAAUCUCUCUAAAAAAAGUUUGUUAAGAAAAAAACUAAAUAAGUAACUGUUUCAAAUAUUAUUAUUAAAAUUUAAUUAUUUACCUACUUCCAAAAAUAAUCAUCUUUGGAAGUCAAUAAUGUUAUAAAGCAUUGAAGUGACAUGACAGACAAAUAAUUUUAUGAAUUUUGCAGGGAUUUUGAAUUGUAAUUUUUGUUUUGUUUAAAUAUUUUUGACUAGAUUUAGGGUACCUAUUAUACAUACUAUACGUGACCACGUUUUUCGAGAAAACAAGCAGGCAUAGGUAGUACAUACAAUGCUCUUAUUUCUUUAUAAUGUAGCACUCACUCAUUACUGGGAUAGAAGAUAGAACUAGUGAUACCUCAAUAUUGCUCACGGGCGAGCGUAAGAAAAGGAAUAAAUAAUAAAUUAUUUAGGCGUGUAAUAAAGAUGGGAAAGAAUUUUGUAAAUAUAGAAAUGGAUUUUAUUUGUAAAUCAUAUGUUUAAUGGCAAUGUGUCGAUGUUAUACACUUAUCGUAAUAAAUAAAUAAAGCCUG